CCCCCCUCCCCCAGACAAGACGUGGUUCCGCUUAGGAAGGUCGGCCCCUCGGCUCCAUCAUGAUGGUCCACUGUGCGGGCUGCGACAGGCCCAUCCUGGACCGCUUCUUGCUGAACGUGCUGGACCGGGCCUGGCACGCCAAGUGCGUGCAGUGCUGCGAGUGCAAGUGCGCGCUCACCGACAAAUGUUUCUCCAGGGAUGGAAAACUCUUCUGCAAAAUGGACUUCUUCAGGCGUUUCGGCACCAAGUGCGCGGGCUGCCUGCAGGGCAUCUCCCCCAGCGACCUGGUGCGCAAGGCGCGCAGCAAAGUGUUCCACCUCAACUGCUUCACCUGCAUGGUGUGCCACAAGCAGCUGUCCACGGGCGAGGAGCUCUACGUCGUCGACGAGAACAAGUUCGUGUGCAAGGAGGACUACCUGAGCUCCGGGACUAUCAAGGAGGUCAGCCUCAACUCAGUGUCGUCGUGCACGGACCGCAGCUUGUCUCCGGACCUGCAGGACGCGGCUCUGAUGGCGGACGAGCUGAAGGAGGCCGACAACUGCACGUCGUCCGACAAGGAGACCAACAACAUCGAGAACGAGGAGCAGAACUCUGGCACCAAGCGGCGGGGGCCGCGCACCACCAUCAAGGCCAAGCAGCUGGAGACGCUGAAGGCCGCCUUCGUGGCCACGCCCAAACCCACGCGACACAUCCGGGAGCAGCUGGCCCAGGAGACCGGCCUCAACAUGCGGGUCAUCCAGGUUUGGUUCCAGAACCGAAGGUCCAAAGAGCGACGGAUGAAGCAGUUGAGCGCUUUGGGGGCCCGCAGGCACGCCUUCUUCAGGGGGCCGAGGAGGAUGAGGCCCCUGGGUGGGAGGCUGGAGGACCCGGACAUCCUGGGCCCCGCGGCGUACGGCUACUACGGAGAGUACCAAGGAGACUACUACGGGCCGGCCAGCAACUACGACUUCUUCCCCCACGGCCCCCCCUCCUCGCAGGCCCAGUCCCCGGCCGAGUCGCCCUACAUCCUGGGGGCCGGCACCAUGGAGGCCUCGGACGACCAAAGGUUCACGGACAUGAUCUCCCACCCCGAGACCCCCAGCCCCGAGCCGGGCUCCCUGCAGGCCGGGCCGGGCGAGGCAUACGGGGGCGGGCCCAGUCCCCCCUUCAACUCCAGCUACAGCGCCCCCAUGUCCCACCAAGGCUCCGAGAUGGGAGAGGCGGCGGCCUGGUAGACCGAGGACCACCACACCAUGCCCCACCAAGGCUUCGAGAUGGGGGAGGCGGCGGCCUGGUAGACCGAGGACCUCCACACCAUGUCCCACCAAGGCUUCGAGAUGGGGGAGGCGGCGGCCUGGUAGACCGAGGAACACCACGCCAUGCCCCAUCAAGGCUUCGAGAUGGGGGAGGCGGCGGCCUGGUAGACCGAGGAACACCACGCCAUGCCCCAUCAAGGCUCCGAGAUGGGGGAGGCGGCGGCCUGGUAGACCGAGGAACACCACACAAGGCUGGACUGGAAUUAUUUCACUCCAAAAAAAACCCGCUGAAUUGGUUCCAUUUAGCACAUUUCAACUCAAAUUUGACACCAAAGGGACUUUUUCUUUAUUUGAAAAAAAAAGAAAGGCUGGGGGCCAAAUUUCACUUUUUGUGUUUGCUCUCUGCUUCUUCGGCGUCAAAGCGGAAGGAAUAUUCUAGAAUAUUGUCAUUGCAAGGGGGCGUGUGUACCUUGAUUGGCACACUUCAUGUGUGUGUGUGUGUGUGUGUGUGUGGGGGGGUAGUUGUGACCUUCCCUUUUGUCAGGGGCCCUUUUUCAAAAGACAUCUUUUCAUGGAAAUCAUUUCCAAAGCCAUAAUAGAGAAUCUCCUUGAACAGCUGAGGUCUGCCGCCUCUUAAAGGGGCCGAACAAAAGAAGGGGGCCACGCAACAUCUGUGGAGGGCCGCACCCGCUCCCCCCCCUACCCCCCCACUUUUUGGGACUGAGGGCACCCAGGCCACCGUCGCCACCUAGCGACUGAAAGUGUCAUUGCCACACAACUAUGUCUUGGACUCAAAACUCUUCUGUGUGCGUGUGCGUGCGUGCGUGCGUGCGUGCGUGCGUGU